GACAAGUGAAGCUUAACAGCACACACCGUGACCGGCGUCGUUGGAUUGAGGUUUCCGGGCAACUCUGCUGCUAAGCUGACACAUUCACGGACACAUAUUUUAACACAGUUCGAUAUUAUUAAUUAUUUUUACUCGUAUUACACAUCUCAACUCAAGCUGUCUGUCGAGUCGUCUCCACUGAAGUAGGAAAUUCACAGGGACAAUGGCCGACCAGUUGACUGAGGAGCAGAUUGCUGAGUUCAAGGAGGCAUUCUCACUGUUUGACAAGGAUGGUGAUGGUACUAUCACUACAAAAGAGCUUGGAACUGUGAUGCGCUCUCUGGGACAGAACCCCACUGAGGCCGAGCUGCAGGACAUGAUCAAUGAGGUGGAUGCUGAUGGUAAUGGGACAAUUGACUUUCCUGAGUUCCUGACCAUGAUGGCCAGGAAGAUGAAAGAUACAGACAGUGAGGAGGAGAUCAGAGAAGCUUUCAGAGUCUUUGACAAGGACGGUAACGGCUACAUCAGUGCAGCAGAGCUACGGCAUGUCAUGACCAACUUAGGGGAGAAGCUUACCGAUGAGGAGGUGGAUGAAAUGAUCCGUGAAGCCGACAUUGACGGCGAUGGUCAGGUCAACUACGAGGAGUUUGUCCAGAUGAUGACUGCCAAGUGAAGACAUCACUGACAUUUCUCUCAGCAUUGCUUGUCCUUCCUAAGAUCACUGUCUUCAAAAAAAAACAUAAAAAGGAGCAAUUAUCAAAUGAUAAACUAACUUCCCCUCAAUAUCACUUACAUGUAGAAUUUAGCAUUUUCCAACUACUUCAAAGGUAUCUGUUUAGCAAAACACCAACAGAAUAAUCCCUGGAGAAGUUAAUGGACCAAGCUUUAAGAGGGCAGAAGCCCUCAUACUUCAGACCAAGAUUUUGCUUAGACACCCAAGCUCUUGAUUAAUUUAGAGGAAAGAGCAACACUGAAAUGGUAGCAGAAUAGGAGCCAUGCCACAGUUUGUAUAGAGAAGCCAGCUAUUCAAAUCUUACCAAAUAAUCUUGACCAUAAAAGCUGAAUUGAGUACUCCUAUUGCAUGCACCCUUUCUGUGACAGUUUUCUUGUCGCAACAAGGAGGCUCUGAUCCAUUCAGAGGUACUGGUCAGAGCGUGUACACUGGAGGAACAUACAUUAAUAUAUAUAGUUCUAUAUCUGUUAAAGAAUUGUGUCACUAUUGAUAAUUGCAAGAGCAAAUGGUUGCAGUGUUGGGUGUUCAUUGGUGCUCGGGUUAAGAUGAGAUUUCUUACACCUUUGUAGAGUUUGGACAACAAUGGGAGACGCGAAAGUGCUGAAGACUUUGUUCCCUCUGGGAAAGUUGAAUUGUCUUGCUUUGAGUCGCGGGCUUUGCCUGCAGCACCAACUAAAGACGGUAGUAUGUUGUAUUGCUUCAGGAUGAUUAUUGUGAAAACACAACUUGAAGGACUGCAGUUAUUACAUUUGUUCUGCAAACGGAUAUCCUGAUGAUACAAUAUUGAUGUAAUGCUUUAUAAAUGUGUUCUCAAAUAUUAAUGUAUUGAUGACAAACCUUGGUCACAAAAUAUAUAUAUAUAUAUAUAUAUAUAUACAUACAUACAUACAUACAUACAUACAUAUAUACGUGUGUGUAUCGUGAAGUUUGCAUUGCCUAUUGUUGUAGUAAAAUGACAUGUGACAUGUUUUCUCCUUGGUUUUGAGAUGUGCCAUAAUACUCUACACUUAAAAAAAACACCUCAGCCUUUAUGCAGGACUUGUAGUUCAUUAGAAUAUAAUAACUUACUUAAUGAAAUGGCAUAAUACAUGCAGUUAAACAUACUUGGUAUAAAUCAUGUGGAUAUUACAAAGGUUUAGAAAAUAAAAAAAAACAAAUGUCACAUACAACAACAACUCCUACUGUUUGUUUCACUCAUAUCUUGUCCUUGGUGUCUGACCUUCAGUUUGUAGUUCAGAGAUUCAAACUUCACUCUGCUUGCUGUUUUAAUGAACAUGAAUAUAUACUGUAUAUCAACCAAUAUCUAAAUGUGAUGGGCUGGGGAGGGGUGUUUUGGCUGUUAAAAUGGGACGUACAGGUGGGCAGUACAUGUAGUUGUAGCAAAGAACUCCGCUUUAGAUGUGACAGUGGAUCCAGAAAUUUGCAAAGCACGUUAGCAGAGAUGACUCGGAUUCCUAAAAUAAGUCUAAAUAUUAAAUGCUGCUCAGUUUGAGGCGUUGCAAUUGAUUACCUUUGACUCUGAUGUAUGGAUGAAAACCGUGACAAGACUGUUUAUUUCUGGAGGUAUCAAAUAUGUAAAGAUGUGAUAUAUUUUCCAUAAAUCAAUAAACUGACUGAGCAUUACUCCA